AUGCGGCGCGAACGCACGCCUCCGGCCGCGCGGUCCCGGAGGUCGUCCGCGAAAUCGGCGAGGGAAGCGGACUCGAGGCGGCACCGGGCUCCCAGGCGGCGUCUCAGCACACCGUCCUCCCCGCGAGAGGCUCCUGCCACUGCUGGCGCGGAGCGCGAACCUCUGCCGACGUGCCCCAUCUGCCUGUGCGACAUCGAGGAUCCACGGGACAAGACGGUCGUCCUGGACUGCCUGCACACGUACUGUCUCACGUGCCUCUUGACAUGGGUGCGACACGGACACAGAUCGUGUCCGCUCUGCAAGGGCGUCAUUCGCGGCUACCUGUCGAACAUAAAAUCCGACCGCGAAUACAGCGAACGUAUACUGUCGCCCUUGCCGGAGCCGAGCGCCGAGGACGACGGUACCAUACUCGCCCAGAUCCAGGAAGGAGUCGACGCCGUGAGGAGGCGGUUCCCUCUGGAAGGCGGCGAGUCCUCGCGCGGCAGAAGCAGCGACGCCGCUCGCUUGGCGCGGUACCGCGACGGGGCACUGCGGCUCGCCGCGGCGCACCGCAACCGCACGCCCUCGGGCGUCGGGAUCCCGCCGGGCGCCGCAGCGAGGUCUGCCCCGAGCUUCCCCGUGGGCCCCCUGACGGAGGUCCAGCAGCCCCUGGCCGUGCAGCGGCGCAUGCACGUGUACCACGCGAGCCUCUGGGCGCUGCCGACGGAGCACCGAGGGCACGCGCGCGGGGGUGGGGAGUCCGGACUCGCGGCGCUGGCGAUCGGACGGAGCCGAUGGGACGGCGCCAGCAACGUUGGAGGCCGUCAGCUGCCGCAGAGGAUCAACGAGUUCGUGCAGCGCGAGCUGCGGGCGUUGCUAGGCUCGGACGACACCUUGAUCGUCCGCACGCUCGUGUCCAGCCUCUUCCUCGACCUGGCGUCCUGCCACCACGCGGCCUCGCAAGGCAGCAGCGCUGCGAGCGCGCAGCCGUCGGUCCGGGGCGUCGCGCAGCCGUCGACGGACCAGGCCCUGGCGGAGUGCGUCACAGCGCUGCGGCCCUUCCUGCACGAAUACUCGGAGCACUUCUGGCACGAAGUGGCCGCGUUCGCGAUGUCGGGACUGACGAUCGACGCGUACGACGGCAGCGUCGAGUACUCCGACACGGCUCCAGAACACACGGCUGCCAUGUUCCCGUCGCAGCGGUGGAGGGAGCUCUCUGCGCGAGCUGCGGAACGCGACGAGCCGUCCGCGGAGCGCGACGGCGCUGGGAACGGGACGAAUAUCGAUGUCGCGGUUCAGCACGACCUGCCUGCCACGGCGGCUGCCCCUGCACUGGCACAGGACGUCAACGAGGGGCGCGCGGGAGGUAGUGGUUCGCCGCGAAUGCCUCCACAAGGCACACGCUCCCCGACUGACCGCAGCAGGAGUCCUGCUUCGGAAGCUGCCGGCGCGGAAGGCGUGUCGACGGCUGCGCGCAGGCAUCAUGAUCGCCAAAGAAGUGCGUCAGCGAGUCGACGUCGCAGACGUCGCAGGACGAGGUCGCGCUCUAGAUCACGCUCUAGAUCCCCGCCUUCGCCUCGCUCAUCUGGACGGUCGCGGCGACGGCGUUCGCGCGACAGGAGCCCGAGCAGAUCCAGGCGACGCGACAGAUCGCGCCGACAGACCGCGCAAGAAAGGGCUGCCCCAGCCGGUGCCCAUGGGCUGGAAGGCGGAGGGCGUGCUCAGCGCGGUGCACGGGAGCCGCGCGAGGCCACGGGACGCUGGGGAGGCGAGCGCGUCGGGGGUGUGGCAGGCAGCAGGGAAGGUGACCCCGGACCGCGGACGCGCGGGCGCGGCGCGGUCGGGGCGCGCAUGGACGCGGACGACAGUGAGCAUGGCGCGCUGGCUGAUCAGGCCGGGCAGCGCGUGGUGCGUUGGGCGCGGAACGGCGGCGAGGGCUGCGAGGCGCCACACUGCAGGAGGAACGGCUGUGGGGCUCCGCACUCGAACGUGCAGUCCAGCAACAACGUUUCCCUCUCGUCCCUGAAGGAGCGCGCUCUCAGGUCCGCGCAGCGGGCCAGCCGCUGA